AUGCCCGCUGCUCUCCAGGCCUCCCUGUUGUGGAGGCCUUCUCCUUCGCGGACCAAGUCCACGUUGGGUCAUCUCCCAAAGCGGCCCCAUGUUGCCGCGGCAUUCACGCCACGGCGAGUAUGCCUCCCUGCCGUCCUUCUCUCCAAACCCGGUUCUAACAGAUUGGGUUUCCUGGUUUCGCACGCUCUAACGCCGGGGGACGCCGGCUCGACGUCCGAAAGCGCGGCCAAUGGCUCGGAUUCCACCUCUGAUUUUGGGAACCCAGAGGGGGCUGUGCCUCUGCUGGCAAAACCCGGUGAGAGCUCAAGAAGGGAGCUGAUAGAGGACACAGAGAAUGCGACUGAGGUUGUAGCUGGCGUCGAAGAGGGUGAACCUGUGAAUGGCUCUUCUGAGCCAUCAGAGGUGCAGGGAGAACGGAAAGAUAUGUCGCUGGGGUUGCUUUUGAUGGGGUUGCAAGAAACGUUAAGGGGGAUGCUUAAUGGCCUUCCAGAGGUGGAUUGGUUAAGAUGGUGGCCGUGGCGGCAUAAAAAGCGGUUGGAGCAUCUCAUUGCUGACGCCGACGCUAAUCCCAAAGAUGCCGCAAAGCAAAGUGCCUUGCUUGCUGAACUCAACAAGUUUAGGUUUGUUUGUUUUCCUUUAUUCCCUGCCCCUCCAUUUCUUCGUAAUUUCGUUAUUCGUGCAUUAUCAUUGGUUUAUUGUAUCAUUUAUAUCUUCUGUAUUCUUUACUGUUCUAGUGGCCUUCAUAACUAUCAUGUAUAUCUUGACGCAUGCACAUGAGAUACACAUGGUAAUGAGACUUCUUGUGGUAGGGAAGAAAUUACAUUUUCGAGCAUCCGCCAAAAAUACCAAUCAUCCAGGUUUCUUGACUAGGAAAUCAACGUCGGGACUCUUUAUUUUGUCCUAUUUCACUCGGACUGGAUCAAAUGUGUGGAAAUCACGAAGGGUUCCCAAUGCCAAGUUACAGACACGCAAAGAUCCCAUGGUAUCUACAUCACAAAUCUUAAGACUGUUAAACCGAAUGGUCUAUUUUGUAUAAAUUUGUUUCUUCUUGAACGUAAACCGGAAAGCAAUGGGAUGUAUGUCCACUACUUCAUUCUGUUCCUGAAAGAAGGACUAGGAAAGAACUGUCGACAUGGCAUGCUCAAUGACAAUGAAAGUGGUUUGGAAUGGUGCCAAGGAAGCCAUGACGAUAUUGGGUUGAUUGUUUUUGUUUUUAGUCUGAUAUCGCCAUCUCGACUACGAUCCUCCACAUUUGCAGUUCCAGUGCAAAUGUUAAGAACUUGAGUUUCCUAAAGGUGCUGAUGGUAAGGGCGAGUUUUCAUUAACUAUUUAUUGGUCACAUGAGGAUAGAGCUUUGUGGUUAUGCACAGACUAUAUGGAUCAACUUUCCUGCCAAUCCUUGCUUUCCUAUCUUAUUUCUCUGUCUAUAAGUCUUGUGUAGCCAUUUGAAAGGAGGUCAAGGAAGAGUAGUGCCAGUGAGAUGACAGAGGACGCGGCAGUUUCCAUGGAAUCAGGGAAGUUUCCUCUUUGUACAGUAAGCUGGUUGUAAUACAAAAGAAUUCCUCCGUUGUUUAUAUGGUUAAAAUAAACUUCAGGUCAGAGGCCAUUCUUUGUGCUCACGACAAUUAAAAAAAAAAUCAAUUUUAAUAUGAGUCCUCAAGGUUACAUAUUUUGCAUGGGAGAGGUCGUGCAAUCACCCAUGUGGUUUUAGGUGUUUAAGAGGGUUCAAGUUUGUUGGUGUCUUUUUUUCAUCAGCUGGAAUUUGACAUUUGCGAUCUGUAAAAAUGGACACAUCCCAGAGAAAUCAACUCGGUGUAAAACUCCAGGAAAGGAAGCAGUGCUAAAGAGUUCACUGGGGAAGGAAGAAGGUAAGGCUGCGCAUGUGAAUGUUAACACAAAGCCCUCAGUUUGUCAGCUGUUAUCAGCAUUGAUUAUUUGAAUGGAGCUGAAACCUGGCGUGCUCAAUCUGGUUCCCUGUCUUAUACAUUCAGUUGAAAUCAUCCAAGGUUACACUGCGCCUUGCAUAGUUCUGAACUGAAUUGGGAUGUCCCCAAAGCUCUUCAAGUUAAUCAUGACGUCCUUGUUUCGGUGGCGUUUUUCCUUUGGGGAAACUUACGGAAGAUUCACGGAUUAAUAUCUUUACCAGUUCGCCAAGUGUAAAGAUGCUCCUAUUUUUAUCAUGCUUUUGUUUGAUUUGACUUUGAAUUUGUCUCGGCUUGAUUCAAUCUAGAGAGGCAUAAUACAUUGCACUGCUCUAAUCCUCUUGAGAUAUGCUUCAUUUCCUUUCAUUAAAAAAUCUCAUUUGUGAUCCAAGAUUGCUGUACAUCUCUAAUUUUGCUAUUUCUCUUCUUUUUGUUGUUGUUGAUGAUAUUUCUAUUCUCUGCAUGGAUGAAGUUUUCAUUCCAUAUUCUACUAUGAUGUGUAAUAUCAGAAGUCAUAGCUUAUCAAAUUUUUUCUGUUGCGGUUCUUUCAAGCUUCCUUAUGAGAUUUUUGAGUGCUUGUUACUUUGAAGGUUAUCACUUUCUAGACACAUUUAAAACGGAGUGAAAAUGGAUGUCCUCUUUUUGGCAGCCCUGACUCUGUGAUAGAACGUUUUGACCAAAGAAGUCAUGAAGUAGAUAGCAAAGGAGUGGCAGAGUAUAUCCGUGCCCUUGUCAUUACUAAUGCUUUGGCUGACUACUUACCUGAUGAACAAUCUGGACGACCUUCGAGGCUUCCAUUGCUAGUAAGAUAACUUUUAUCUCUACUGUCUCUUUGCAAUUUUGCUUUUGCAGCCUCGUAUUUGGUUUGAUGCUUGAAGUCUUUAACGUCGUUUUGCCUGAAUUUUAUUUUUUAUGUCCAGUGUCUUUUAUUGGGAGUUCUUCCUUAGUAAUUUGCACGUAUUGAUCUGCCGGAUCCAUGUUUUGUUUGAUCAUCAUUUUCUAGUGUGAAUGUAUUGCGCUUAUUGGUUAAGUUUGGUGAAGUGUGUAACAAUGUGAUUUUUGGAAUACUCUUCUGGGGUUCGGUUUUUUCCUGCAAACAGGAGAGCCUAUCUGAGGUGUAAAGAACCUUUUGAAAGAACCCUUCGGACUCAAAUUCUACUUUGAUUUUCUGUUUGCUGCUUUUAUUUGGGAUGCAGAAGAGUAUCUUCUGUCUUUCUGGUUUCAUUCUUUGGUUAUUGAGGAAGAAGAUAGUUCCUUAGAGUUGGGCCACAAGUUUUUUUUGGGGUGAGGGGGAGGGCUUGAUCUCGCCAGUUGAGGUUUUUAACCUCAUUGGUCGUUCAUCCUGUGUUUCCAUUUACCACAGAUAAGGAGGGGUUUUAACCCAACUUUUGAUAAAAAUAAUCCUCCAAAAGGUUGCCAGUAGUGGGGUUUCCUAAUCUCUCAUUUGUGUGUGGAUGUGUUAAGGGGAUGGUUCUUGACACAUUUGUUGGAGGGUUCCACGCUAAUGAAGGGGGAGUUUCUGACUGCAUCAUCGAAUGGAAAUUAUGACUUCAUCCAGGGUGUUGGGCGGUGAAACAAAUUAGCUAUCACAGGAAUGCCUUAUAGUUUUCGGGAUGAGAAAAGAAUAAACUAGGCGAAGUUCUUAAUAUAGAUGACUUGGUUCUUGCUAAUUGCUUUCUUUGUUCUAUCCCCCUGCUAGAAAUAUUCUAGCUCACUGCUAGUGUUGUAAUUUGUAUUUUAAAUAUGAGACUUUCUUUUUGGUAAUUUUUCUUCUAUGUAGAGUACUCGUUCUGCAAAAAAAUUUGGUUGGUGGCCAAAAUCAUAAGAGUUAUCCCCAUAUCAAAUUAAUGUUUUUUUUGGUGUCUAUGGGAUUGCCAACACUUGGAGAGAGACUUUGUUUGACCUCGAUGACCCAAAGCUCCUUUACACGCAAUGAUUUGUCUUAAAUCUCUAUGUAUCUGGAAUUUCCUACCCUUAUAAAAAAAUAUUAAUAUGUAGCACGUGACGAUGGGAGAAGUUUGCCUUAUUUCUCAUGAUAUUCAAACAGUUUGGCAUGAUCUUUGAUGAAUUGAAGGAGAAAAUUUGAGCGUCAAAACAUCACAUGUUGACAAAAAAACUGUACGAAACAAUUACCAAUAUUUUCUGCAUAGGGAGCCUGACCUUUGUCUGGUUGCUUAUCCGCUUCUUUCCUUGAGGAUAUCUAGGUUCUUGGUGUAUGAUUCAAAAGACCUUAUUUACUUUCAUUAUUUGAUUCUUGGUGUUAUUUGAGUACUUGUCACUGACCUUAUAUGCAAUUAUUUCAUGUCAGUAGUUGCAAGAGCUGAAGCAACGUGCAUCAGGGAACGUGGAUGAUCAAUUCUUGAAUCCGGGCAUAUCUGAUAAGCAACCGUUGCAUGUAGUGAUGGUAAAGAUGGAACUGAUCCUCUAAGUUCUCAAAGCUUUCUUGCUGUAUGAUACAUAAGAUAUCCUCUUAAACUUUUUCAACAAUGACCAUUGUCAUUGUUGUUACCCUUUAUUUAUGUUAUAGUUCUUACUCUUAUCUUACAUAUGUUUUUUUCCUUUUAUAGGUUGACCCUAAAUCCUCGAAUAGAUCUACAAAGUUUGCACAAGAAGUUAUGUCCACAGUGUUGUUUACAAUUGUAAUUGGGUUAAUGUGGUAUGCCAUAGUUCUCCCUUAAUUGUUUUUUUGGGGUCAUGUUUGCACUUCUCUUUUGUAUUCUUAAAUUAAACUCGGUAACGGUUAUAUUUGUGCAAUAUGGAAGAUGAAUUUUUUUUUGUUGAUACACGCCCACAAGUUUUAUUUUGCAAUUUAAGUAAAUAAUCGAAUGCGUAUAACUUCUCCGAAUGGUUCUUUUCUUUCCCUGAAAAACGUUGGGCUUAAAUGUUAUGGCUUACCUUAACUUGUGAUAUAUUUAUUUUUUCUAGAACACAAGAUACAAGCAUUACAUCUGGGAGUUGAUUAUAUAAUUACUCGAUUUAUCUGAAGAUUCUCAAAACUACUCCAAAAUAGGUCAUCAAGGUCUGAAUAAAGACGACCUUUCAUAGUUGAGUGGAAACAAUGUGUUGACUAGAUGUUUGCAUGCUCGAUAAUGUUGCAUUGGAUUGGGAACUCUAGUUGGAAUAAGCUGUAAAUAAUGUCUUAAUCAAAUUUUCAUCAUGUGUGGGACGAGUCGUUGAUAAGGCCUGGAGUUUGUAAUACUCGGAAAUUUCUUACGUGCCUGCCUUCCAGAGGUGGUUGCAAGGCCUAAUUGUAGUAUAAUUUAAUUCUGCUGCCUAGGCUCUUCCAGAGUCAGAGGAUUUGCUAGAGAUAUGAAAUCUUUCAGAUACAUCUUACUGACUUCGUGUGCCUUUCAGGAACUUCUUUGGGACCUCUAGUGUAAAGAUGAUCGUUGAGAAUGUGGGGGAUCCUCUGGUUAAAAUUUACUGUUGACAUUGUUACUAUCAGGAGAUUUUUUCUGCAAGUUGGAUUAUCCAGCAAAUUAUUAGGUUACACAGACAUUUUGGGGUUCUGAUGUAGUGAAAAAUCGGUAUAAUUUUUCCUUUACGCUUUCAUAGUUUCGCAGGUUCUCCCAUCUGUGUUGCACUGGCGUGACAUACAUUGUACUAUCUCUAGCAAGACGUAAUCCUCGUUACAUGGCUGAAAUGUAUUCUAACAAAAAAGUUGAUGCCGAUUCUAGAGAAUCAAAGUUGAACAGAGGUCUAUAUCCUUUAUAAAAGAGUUGGUUGAGUUGUAUGAAUUUGACAAAACUGAUUAUUUGGUUUUGGGACCGUUCUAGGGAAUCAAACCUCAUAAUUUUCAUAUAUUGGUUGUGUCGGAACUGAGACUACGUCGGCUUAAAAACACAUUUUUCCUUCCUACCCUUUUAAAUGGAUCUGAAAAUUUCAUGUACCCUAUCUUGUGGACAUUGAGUUAGGGUCUGAAUUAGAAACAGUAUUGAGCUGGGAUCAGGUCCAUUUCUUUAUUACCCCCCCAUCAGAUUUCGAGACUGGCACAAUUUGCUUUAUUAGUUCUGUUUCUUCCUCCCCACUGUUGAACUCAACUUGAGUAAAUAUAAGGUCUCCUUUUUAGAAGUCUCUGUUUUUAAUACUUGAUUCUACUUUAUUCCAUUUAUUCACGAUUCUAAUUGACAGGAUAAUGGGAGCAGCUGCACUUCAAAAAUAUGUUGGUAGCUUGGGUGGAAUCGGUACUUCAGGUGUCGGUUCAAGUGCGACGUAUGCUCCUAAAGAGAUGAACAAAGAAAUUAUGCCGGAGAAGGUAUUAUUAUCCGUUCUAUCUUUUCGUGCUGAAACUACAGGCUAUAUAUUUUGGAUAUUUUGCUUUUUUUCAUAUUAUAUUAAUCCUUUGUUUCCUCAUCUAGUGAUACAAUUUAAUUUUUUUAUUAUCAGCGAGUUUAUGAAUAAGUUUUUCUGUUUUUCUAGGAUAGUAAAACACCUUUUAGGAUUCCAAUAUCACUCCGGUUGCCACAAAUUUUGUAAUGCUGAAAUCUUUUAUUGAAUCUUGAUUGAAAAAAGAGAACACUCCUGUGAAUGAGGAGAUCAAUAUUCUCAUGUGUUUUCCCUUCAAUCUCGGGAAGGUCAAGAUUUGUGGUCUAAGUCAGUUUAUCAUAAAUAGAGGUACCAGCUUCUGUGUUAUAAAACAUAGGCACACAGCUGUGUCGUAUUUUUAUCUCAGCUAUAUGGAACAAAUCUGGAUGCCUUUUUAACACAAAUUACUUAGUUGCAGUUAGCUUUGGUAUUUGUUAUUUCUAAUGGCUUGUCUAAAAAAAAUUAACUCUGUGUAGCUUUACAUGGUUCUCAUCAUGUAACCUGUUUUAACCCGUUUCUUAGUAAGCUUUACCUGAAUUAUUUGGUAACAGCUUUGGAUGUUCCUGAUAAUUAUAUAUUCUCCCAGUUCUGCACCUGACUCCUUCUACAUUUCUCAUUAAUCUAUUUCUGUGCAGAAUUUAAAAACAUUUAAGGAUGUCAAGGGCUGUGAUGAUGCAAAACAAGAGCUCGAAGAGGUUGUUGAGUAUCUUAAGAACCCUGGAAAGUUCACACGCCUUGGUGGAAAGUUACCCAAGGUUUGUCUAAUUUUUUUAGCUACUGUUGGAAUUCAUUUUAUUUUCUGGAGAUCUUUUCUUUGCUAUAUGUAGUUUCCUAUGUCAUAUUUCUUAUGAACCUGUGGAGACAGCAACAGUCGUGUGUCUGUAUCGGAUUAUCAGUGGAUAUUUGGUCAUAUGGUUUUGUUUAUAGUGCUAUUAUUUGGAAAAGUGUGAAAAUCUAACAGGCUGAAGCAGAAUGAAUAAAGCUUAGGUCACAUUAUUUUUUUAAUUUUCUUGUAGUAUGAAAAUUUCCUUUGGAUAACGUCUCAAAAUAAUUCAACCAGCUCCUGUACGAGUCAGUGAUCCUGUACGGUUUUCAGUUGAUCAGCCGAACAAAUGGAAGGUCUUCCUAAGUACGUGGCAUGGUCCAUUUUGACGUCUGUGUUCAUAUUCCCAAGUCACUUGUUCCCCCCCCUCUCACGUGUGUGAGUCAAACUAUCUGGCAAUUGCUUGAAAAACUUGUGAGUGAUACCCACUCUUCACUGAUCAAUUAAAGCCUGUUUGUCUCAAGUUAGGAUUUGUUAGAUCAAUUAAAGGUUUACUCAACUUCUGACACAAUUUCUGUCUCUACUCCAGAAUUGGAUUGAAACCAACCGAAAAAUUCAGUUCUAGUUUCCUCUGGUCAUUCCACUUUGUGGAGUUUACGUGAUCUACAGAAGGAUAUUAGAUUUAAUUUGAGUUUUAGUUUCACCGGUUAGUAUUGGACUCGGUAGGUUUUUGCUUCGGAAAGAAAAUGGUACUUUUCAAUUUCGUGAUCCAUGGUUUAUUUUUAUGUUCCUGUCGAAAUCAUUGCUGAAGGAAACGUCAAGUUCUUCCGUUGAUGUUUCUAAGAUUAAUUUUUUUUAAAGCCAGACGGUUCUCAUUUAAUGAUAAACAUUUCUACUCAUUUUUGUCCCCAGCUCUCUUGUCCAGAGAGGUAAUACUUCUUGUUCCAUAUUUGUAGCGUGUUGAACUGUUUCUUGCUGUUCAUACUGCUCGACAGAAGAAUACUUCACACCUUUGAAUUGGAGGUUAUGGACAACUUUUAACGUCUGUUUGGUAGUAUUCAUUUUCCUUACAUCUAGUUGUAUUUCCACUGAUGGCAUAUCUGUGCCCUUAAGUCUGAGACUGACAGGGUGGUGCUAAUUGACUUGGAUGUGCUCACUAGAGUUGCACUUGCAACCUUUAGGGGGUAGCCAAAGUCACCUUACAACCAUUCUAACUAAGUUUAGGCCAUCACUGGAGGUUCUAGAGGAUUCUCCUUAGUGUCGGAUAAACAAAAUCAAUUUGCUGCAUGUUUCUUUCCAGAAACGUUUGGGAUGCUAGUGUUACCAGCUCUUUGAAGUUGUAUUGGGGAACAAUAUGAUGCUUUGCAUUGAAUCUCUGGAAUGUCUCUGCUGUGGAUUCACAAGCAUUCAGGGGAAAGUCCUAGUUUUCAUCGGAGGAUCCUUCUUGCACUGCUGAGCCAUUUGUAUGGCUAUAAUCAGGGACAUCUUUUUUUCAAUUCAUUUCUGGACUUAAAAGCACCCAUCUUGUAUAAAACGGCAACCAAAGUGUCAGCUUGCUAUGUACUGCAAAAGUUUUCCUCAAUCCUCAGAUACCUUCCCUACUCUUGCUUGUAUUGCCAAAAAAGAUUCAUUGACUGCAUGUUGUGUUGGGAAAUUCUCUGGCUGUUACAUUCCUCCCAAAUUUUUGUGGUUGAUUCCAGGGGGAAUAUCUUCUCGAUUAUAUGGUUUGACGAAUUUUUAUGCAUCCAUUUGUGCUUGCAAGCAUGUAAAUUGUGUGCAAGAGAAACAUGCCUCUAGGUUGCCUCUAGAUCUAUCAAUUGUUUCAUUCUCCUAUUUAUAUGGUACUUAGCAGUCGUGUCCAUGUACGUUGCAACCUCUCCCUGAGAUCGUAAUUUUUUGUUUUGUGAGCUGACCUUUUCAUCCUGUAGGGAAUUCUCUUGACAGGAGCGCCCGGUACUGGAAAGACUUUGCUUGCUAAGGUACUCUUCUGGGAUGUGUUUCUUAUCUGAUGCUGUGAAUCCGCCAGAAGUUUCACGUUCUUAUCAGACCUAACUUGGCAUUCAUUGUUGGAAUGCCGCCAGCUCUUAUGACAUUGAGUUUGUGAUACGUACUUCACUUGACGCUUUACAACGAUUGUCUACAGGCAAUUGCAGGGGAAGCUGGGGUGCCAUUUUUCUACCGUGCAGGCUCUGAAUUUGAAGAAAUGUAUGUUGGCUACUUGUUCAUUUAUCUUCUAUGUUUAUUGGAUUUUAUAUGAAUAGAAUGAAGUGGUGAUUGGCAUACAUGAUCAUUCAUUCUAUGUUUUAUUCAGAGAAUAAUCCCGGAAAAAAAUAUUCUUGCAUACUUAUUGUAGAUUAUUCCUGACGUUUAUUCCUAACUAUCUAGCUAAACAUCUGUGAUGAAAUGAUAAAUACUGUGCAUUGAGGAUUAGCAAGAUUUUGAGAAUCUUCACAUUCAUUCUUCUAUUUUUCUGUAUUGUUUGUGAAACCAUUGUAAUUCUGUCUCUCAAUAGUUACUGCUUCUCAACAUGGCUUUUAGUGUCUCUCAAUAAUCACCAUGUAAAACGCGCUCGUCCAAUGCUCAAUUUAUGGUUUCAUUUUCAAUUUCUAAACUUUCUCGUGAGGACGCAGUCUUCGAUCGAUUGAUCCACUCAAUGCUUUCAUUAUUCUGUUAAAAUGUAGGACUCCCUUGUAACUUGCGUUUCCUCGCUUGUACUGUGAUGCACUUGAAAGUGACAUAUCAUUUUUCCUGCUGCGACUCCAGUCCUGUAAGUAAGAACAUGUAAUGACUCAAGUCAUUACCUGUAAGAACUGAAACAACAUUCCGAGAUUUCCGUGACUGCUCCUUCGGAUCAUUCACUUCAAUCUCUUAAUUAUACAGUUCACCUCCAUACCCAGGGAGGUGAACCAGAGAGAGCUAACCCCUCGUCCAACUACGAGAUCAAUGUAUCCAACCAGAAACAAGCAUUUCCUCUAUUUACAACAUAUCGGGCUUGCUUCCUUCGCCCUUUGCCAAUCAAACUUUGAAGCUGUAUGAACUAGAUGAAGAUUAGCAAAAUUCUCAAGUCACAUGUCGUUAAUGAAUAUCAGACUUCUAUCAGCACCUAUUUUUUAUGUUCUCCAUGUUUGCGAAAGUAAUGAGGAAACUGUCCAAGCUCAGUUGAGAUGAAUAUUAGUGCACUUUAGACUUUGAAUUACACUUUAGGAAUUACAUGCUACAUUUACCUAAUAGAGCAUGUAUUUUGGUGUAUAAUAUUUUUUAGAAAGCGUUUAUAUACUGAAAUAUUAAUAAAAAGCUCUGUGUAACGUAUGUCUCGCUUCCGAUGUAAGGAAAAAGACAACAAGAUCACCCCAGAAGCUUUGACGAUUUAAAUAUAUGAAAUUAGGUGGUUCGAUGAGAUCCACCACCUCAGAUAUGAGAAAGGAAUGUUAUUACCAUCUCAAAAAAAAAUGGCUGGAAAUUUCACAUAACAAAGGUGCCUCUAACUUGCAGCCACAGUUCACUUCUUCAUGGGCUGCCUUGUCUAUCAUUGCCUUUUCAAAGUCUAGAUAUCUUCUAAAUUGAUGCCUUCUGUCGUGUGAUGGUCAUGUAUUGUGAAAUGUUUUGCGUUCCACCAAAGAUUGUACCCUUGUGCAUACUAUUAAAGCAAAUAAAUAUUUUUCCCGCUGGUACCCAUAUGCUCUCCCGUAUCUGCUAUGGAGAGGCUAUGACAAUGAAAGUGAUCUGCCAAUUUUAAGCCAUAAUUGUAAGGAUGCUAUUGCCAUGCCUUUUUUAUUGUUAGUGGCUUUCUUCUCUUUCCUUUUUAUGUGAGUUCGUUUAGGUAAAAUAAUCUACUUCAGGAGCUGUGUAGUAACAUUUUUAUUAAUCCUGCAAAUGCCUUACCAUGUGUCAUUUAUCCAGGUUCGUUGGAGUGGGUGCCCGGCGUGUAAGGUCCUUGUUUCAGGCUGCUAAGAAAAAGGUCGUCUAUGAAAUCCUUGUUAUGCUAAUGAUAUUUGUCAUGCAAAUAUUGCAAUACCUUUAUCUCAUAAUCAGAUUCUCGUUUCAUUAAGAUCUUGUGGCGUCCUAACUAGUUUUAAAAUAUUUUAUAAUGUCAAUUGCUGUCAUCACUACUCUCCAUUUUUUGUUGAUGACGUGAAAAUCUUUUCAGACCAUCAGACCUCACUAGCGUUGGUAUUUUUCCCUAUUUUUUAAACAUUAACUUUGGCCAGUCAUUUUAGACUAUUCUGAAACAUUAGUUUCUGCAAAAGCUGAUAACUCCGCAUAAAUAUAACAUAGCACCCAUGGAGACCCUUGAGCAAUAAUCUCGUGUUUCUGUUUCCCUGGUUUUAGUUCUUUUUUUAUUUUUUGAAUGCUGACAACUUAAGUACUUGGCACCUAGCAUGUGAUUGCCUUAUAAUUCUGUCAUGUUACUUAGUUAUAAAAGUCACGAAGAUAUUGUCCUUUUUCCAAUGCCAUAUCUUGGAAGAACAGAUUUUUUUAAAAGAAGGUUUAUGCCACCAAUCUCUUUGAAAUCGCUGAGGUUAUUUAGUGGUGAUGAGAAUGCGGUCCUCAUCACGCUUUGGUUUUUUAUGGUUUACGAUCUUGUUACUCUGUUUACGCUAACGUAUAUUUGAAUCUCAUCUUACUCCCUUUUCAUUUUUAUUUUUUUACUCACAGGCACCAUGCAUCAUCUUUAUUGAUGAAAUAGACGCAAUCGGGUCAACCAGAAAGCAAUGGGAGGGGCAUACGAAGAAGACAUUGCAUCAGCUCCUUGUUGAGAUGGAUGGUUUUGAGCAGAACGAGGUUUUUUUUCUCUUCAAACAUUGGCUGAUGUGUUGAUGAUUCCACCUACACUUGACCUGAUGUAUUAAGUCGUCUUCUGUAGGGUAUUAUAUUGAUGGCUGCCACAAACCUGCCGGAUAUUCUUGACCCGGCAUUAACAAGGCCUGGGAGAUUUGACAGGCAUGUAAGUCCCACUAUACCUUUAUGCACUUCCGUUCUAAAAUUUUCUUGCAAGACAUUAGUACGCUGUCUUGGACACAUUGUUGUCAUUUUCAAAGCCUUAGGCCGUGCUGCAUCUCACAUGAUACUGUAUUUCUUCCUGAUCGUGUGUAUGAUUUAUUUUCUAAAUAGUAGUGUGCGUAGAACCUUCUGCUUUCAACACAUUUAUGGUUCUCUGAAGUGGUUACUGAUCAUUUUUACAAUAAUGUUAUGGGCCAGAUUGUCGUUCCAAACCCUGAUGUGCGUGGCAGACAAGAAAUUCUGGAGCUCUAUCUGCAGGACAAGCCAUUGUCUGAUGACGUAGAUGUCAAGGCUAUUGCCCGUGGUACUCCAGGCUUCAAUGGGGCAGGUUUGUGUUCAACUUUCGUUUUUUUCGAGUGAUGGGGACAUCCAACUAAAAAUCGAAUGGCUAAGUCGACUAGGCUAAUUUUAAUUGUCUCGGGUUUAUUUUUAUGGAUGUUCUUAAUACACCCCAUCAAAUUGCUCGGGCAACUUUUGGGCUUUUCUCUUGCAGACAGUGCAAAUGGCUUAUCCAAAUUGCUUUGUUACCAUGUUAGAAUUACGGGGCGGCAAUCCAGUUCAUACCAAUAUGGGACUAUUCUUAGACAUAUUUCAUCCUCUCCAUGGCAGUUCAUAUUUCAUCCUAUUGAGGCUCUGCAUUAUAGGCAAUUAUUUCCUUUUUUGUCAACAUAUGUUGCAUGAACUCCCUUGCCAUCGAGUGGGUAUCUAAAGCUGUCAAGAACUAGACACCAUAGGCUUAUGAUACUCCCAGUAUGUGCUUAUUGUCACGAAUGCCUGUCCAUGUCUAUAAGCAGAAAGUUCUGCUGUAUAAAACAAAAAAGCCUUCUGAGAACAUUUUCAUAAGCAGACCUGGCGAACCUUGUAAAUAUUGCUGCCAUAAAGGCUGCAGUAGAUGGCGUCGAGAGCCUAAACGCUGCACAGUUGGAGUUCGCAAAAGACAGGAUACUGAUGGGCACAGAGCGCAAGACAAUGUUCCUGACAGAAGAAUCAAAGAAGGUUAGCCACUCGCGUUAGACCAUGUAUUCUGCUGUAUUAUGAGGCAACUAUGCGGCUAGAUUAUGAGCCCUGUCGUUCACUCACAUUUUAUUCUUUUCAGCUUACCGCAUAUCAUGAAAGUGGCCAUGCCAUCGUUGCCUUCACGACUGAUGGCGCACAUCCCAUUCACAAGGCCACAAUCAUGCCCCGUGGCUCAGCCUUGGGGAUGGUCACGCAGCUUCCAUCUCAGGAUGAGACAUCCAUCAACAAGAAGCAGCUACUGGCGCGCCUAGAUGUCUGCAUGGGAGGGAGAGUCGCUGAAGAGCUCAUCUUCGGUGGGGAUCAUAUCACGACUGGUGCGAGCAGCGAUCUUCACACGGCAACAGAGCUUGCCCAGUACAUGGUGUGUAUCCUCGGGUCUAUCUGACUGAGGAAUUGUCUUUCAGCUGCUAUUUAAAGUCAUGAUUUUUAUGCAUGUGGCAGGUCUCAACAUGCGGGAUGAGUGAAGUAAUCGGUCCAAUAUUCAUAAAAGACCGGCCGGGUUCAGAGAUGCAAGCAAGGAUUGAUGCGGAGGUAUGGGAAUUGGAGUUUGACUUCUCCUGUACCUGUUUCACGUCUAAUGGGUGUGUUCUUGGAAAUCGAAGGUCGUGAAGCUCCUGAAGGAAGCCUAUGAUCGAGUGAAGAGAUUACUGAAGAAGGUUGGUAUCCGACAUUACCUUUUUUUGUACGGCAGAUUCAAGCUUUGAUCUAGGAUUCAUGUCCUUUCUCCCAAGUUGUGGAGCAUCUAUGCAGAAAUUUAUUGCAGUGCAUAUGAGUGAGAAAGAGGGCUCAUUUAGUGCUGGGGACUGCUGAGCAUCUUCUAAUUUUAGCAAUUGAUUUGCUCCCAUGGAUUCUAAUCUAUUGAGCAGAGACUGAUCUAUUGCUCAUUUCACUGAUCAGAAUGGAGAGAUGAUCGCGGUUCUAGUGUCAUUUUAUAGAAUCUAUGGCUGUCCACAUUGGGGGGGUACUCCUGGGAUUCUCAGAAGCUGCUUCAUGCUCUCCAAUUUCCCCCUUGUUCAUGGCCACCCUGGUUUAGAUGUUUGGUUAGAACUUAUAUAAACAUAAAUAAAUGCCACUCAUUAUUUAUUUACAUUAACCCGGUCCAUUUAUUUACAUUUUCACAGCAUGAAAAUGCAUUGCACGCUCUGGCCAAUGCGCUGCUGGAGUACGAGACCCUCACCGCCGACGAGAUAAAGAACAUCCUCAACCCGUACCAGGAAGCGGCCGAAGCUCAGCUCUAUGAACAACAAGAAGAUCUCGCGUUGACUUGA